AUACCCGGAUGUAGGUUAGUCUUGCUUCCGCUUGGCAAAGCCACUUGAACGGGCGGUCGAGCGCAGCUCGCCAUUCGGGAGGUAACACGGAAGUUUUCCAGAGAGUGAAUUUUGAGUGGUUUAGAGUCAAGACUGAAAGGAGUUGGCGCUCCUGGUCGGAAAGUGUGGCCACCACGUAACAGAGGGGCAGUCAGGACAAGUGAAGGUGUGCAUCCUGCCCAGUGUCCCUGCCUACAAGCAUCAUGCCUCGGGGCCAGAAGAGCAAGCACCGUGCCCGAGAGAGACGCCACCAGGCCCGAAGCAAAGCCCAGCAGCUUGAGCAGCCGGAGGCCACCACCGCAGAAGAGGCAUCAGAACCCUCCACUUCCUCUGCAGCAGUGGGGGGUGCUUCCCCCAGCUCCUCUACUUCUGGUUUACCCCAGGAGCCUCAGAGGGCCCGAUCCUACACCACUCGGGGUGGGGCCCGUGGCUCUGGCAAAAGAUCUGGUAAAGGUGCCCAGAGGCAGGGGGACAAAAGGCAGAAUUCCCCGGGGGUCGCUGGAGCCGGUGAGAGUGCAAGGAGCACAAGCAGAGAUCCUGUAAGCAGGAAGGCAGGAAUGCUGAUGCAGUUCCUACUGUUCAAGAAUAAGAUGCAACAGCCCAUUAAGCGGGUAGACAUGCUAAAGCUUGUCACCAGAAGGUUCAGGCAGCAAUUCUCAGAUAUCCUCAAGAUAGCCUCUGAGCGUCUAGAGCUGGUCUUUGGCCUGGAGUUAAAGGAAGUAAAACCCAGGGGUCAAAUCUAUACCCUUGUUGCCAAGCUAGAGGACACCAGUGAUGGGGGCCAAGAUAGUGUCCGGGGUUUCCCCAGGAAUGGGCUGCUGAUGCCCCUCCUGGGUGUGAUUUUCUUAAAUGGCAACUCUGCCACUGAGGAAGAGAUCUGGGAAUUCCUGAAUGUUUUGGGGGUGUAUGAGGGGAAGAGUCAUGAAAUCUUUGGGGAGCCCCGAAAGCUCAUCACCGAAGAUCUGGUGAAUGAAAACUACCUGGAGUACCAACAGGUGCCCAACAGUAAUCCUCCUUGCUACCAAUUCCGGUGGGGUCCUAGAGCUUUCGCUGAAACUAGCAAGAUGAAAGUCUUGCAGUUUUUGGCCAAGGUCAAUAAUACUGAGCUCACAGCCUUCCCAACCCUUUAUGAAGAGGCUAUGAGAGAGGAGGAGGAGAGAGCCCAAGUCCAGGCCACAUCUGGCACUACAACAAAGGCACGUCGGGGCCCUAAGGCCAAGAGGGCGGCCGCUCUCAGCAGCAGUGAAGGCUGAGAGGUGCUUUGUGAGUGUAAACAACUAUGCUAACCUUUAUGUUUGCUACACAUGAAUAAUUUUUGGCUAAAUUUUUCUUGUGUGUAUUUUUGAACUAAUGUUCAACAGAAGAUUUAUUUAGGUUCAGAUGAUAAGUUUAGGAAUGACAUAGGUAAUACAUGUAUUGCUGUUUAUUAGAUUUUGUACUAAAAGCUUUGUUUUUGAAAUACAAAUUGCAAAUCUGUCAAUCACCUUGUUGAGCCAUGAAAAGAUAACAUGGGAUGAGAAAUAGCCUUGGGAAUGUGCAAGAUUCACCAGUAAGAUGUUUGAGGUGCAAAGAUAGAGAAAAAAGUGGAAAG